AUGCCUUCAAAGACGGUAGCAUCUGAUGUUUCAAGCACCAAAGCAACCUAUGGCUCGACGGAGGUACCUUCCAACAAGCAAACUGAUACUUCGUUCCAUGCCCCGGCCGGAUAUUACUACCCUGCCGGCAAGACUAAGCGCGAAGAGAAAAUCCGACAAAAUGAAACGUUGGUUGGUGUUGGUUCCCACUUUACCAACGGUAAGAUUUCGAUGUCCAACUUUCACAAGCCUCUUCCCGCUUGGAACCUUUCACUUACUUCGCAUAACCUAUUUGAAGCUCUCUGCUAA